AUUUUUUUUUUAAAUUUUUUUACGAGGAAGACAACAGCUGUCAAAAGAGGUGAUGAGGAAGAAGAGAAAAGGGUGUCACAUGAUUUGAUCAGUCCCGGAAAAAUAUCAUCACCAAUCGCAUAUCUGUAUCCAUAGUAAUGGCAUGCAGUGAUCAGAUUGAGGUUGGAUUGGUCUGAGUACGGACAUAUGUACGUUGUUUCUCAUCAUCUGCACCUUAAAAGUUUGCAACAGCGAAAAAGAAUAAGGGAAAUCGUAAAGAACACGCUAGAGAAGAUGGGAAAUAUUGAAUAUUAUGAAGAAAGCGGUACUAAAUCUAGGUGGUGAUACUAGAAUUAGCGAGUCUCAAGCUGAAAAGAUGAUGAUAUCCCAUCUCCAAUAUUCAGCUUCCAAAAAUUGCUCCUCCUUUGACUUAAACGAAGAAGCUGCUAUUAGAAGUGCUAGUACUACUCGUGAAAAGUAUGCAGGUCUGAUCGCUGAUUAUGGGAAUGAAAUGCAUCGGAAUUCAUCGUCAGCUAAUAGAAAAGAGGGAAAGGGUAGAGUUAGGCAAUAUGUUAGGUCCAAAAUGCCUCGGCUCCGGUGGACCCCGGACUUGCAUCUCUCUUUUGUGCAUGCCGUUGAGAGGCUUGGUGGACAAGAGAAAGCAACUCCCAAAUUAGUUCUUCAGCUAAUGAAUGUGAGAGGACUUAGCAUUGGCCAUGUGAAGAGUCACCUGCAGAUGUACCGAAGCAAGAAGCUUGAUGAUGCUGGGCAAUUAGUGUUAUUUCCAAGAUAUCGAUCCAAGCAUGGAAGAGAUUCUCAGCAACAUCUUACACUAAUGGAGAACAGCACUAAUAUUACAGACCAAAAUUCUAACCAUCUUAACCUUGUCCAUAGUCUUGUGAAGUCUGCUCUCCCUCGGAAACCUUUAGAUCUCAAAGCCAACAUUUUCAGGUCAACAACUUCAAACCAAGUACAAGUGCCCAUAAAACGCAACCGUUUUCUUGAACAAGAGAGGUGGCCCCCAUUUGAAACGAUCAACAACACCAAAAGCGUUAAUAUUGGUGCAAAUAUUACAUGGGUUAAUACUAAUAGUACUACUACCAUCCAAUCUCUCAUGAAUAAUUUUGGCACCAAUGGGACAACCCUCACAAAAUUUCUAUCAAGAUCAAGAUCUAAUGGCUAUAAACCAAAUCUUGACCGUCCAUUCCAGCCCCUGCAGUUGAAUCCGGAGAAAGUUCUGGAGGAGGAAGAAACAGUUCCUGAUUUGCAAUUAGGAUUGAGCCAAGAAUAUAAGAGUACUAGUAAUUAUAAAAGCACCCAGGAACCAAGCACCAAGUUAUCACUUUCUCUUUCUUAGCCAACAAUAUUAAUUCAUUUAUCAAUUAGGAGAAGGCAAAAGUUCCUCACAGGAAUCUCAAAUGAAGAUUGCUCCAUAUCCAAUGUCACUUUGAGGCUGAAGCACUUAACAUCUUGUACCAGGGUCAAUAUCAUCACAUGUUUGACACUAGUUUGUUAAGUGCUUCUCUUUCAAGAGCCUUUUCAAAGUAGAAACCUUUAAAUAAAUAAAUAAAUACCAUGUUGCGUUUUCAACAGAUACUACUAGUUUGU